UCUUCAUCUGUGUUGUGUUAGAGAGAUUGUCCGAAGCAGAUUUGCUACCAGAGCCAAUAUGGAGCGUCUAGAGAGACGUCUGCCUGUAGCUUUCCUCCUUAUUCUGCCUCUACUGUGUGUCAGCGGUGUCACCAAUCCAAAAACUACAGUUUCCUGGUGUGUAUUGUCUGAUGCCGAGGAGCAGAAGUGUCUGGAUUUGGCCGGGAACGCCACAGCUCGGAAUAUUAGAGGAACGUUGGAAUGCGUCCGUGGCCUGAACAACAGAGAUUGUAUAGACAGAAUCAAGAAUGGGACAGCGGACGCAGCCUCCAUGUUUGCAGAUGACAUUUAUGCUGCUGGCCUCUGCCAUGGACUGGAUCUGGCUGCAGGAGAGUCGCACAACGGAGUCAACGGUAUUAGUUACUACGUGGUGGCGAUGGCUCGUCGCUCCUCAUCAGACCUGUCCCUGCUCGAGAUGCACGAACGCAGCUCCUGUCACCCCGGCAUGCGAACCACAGUGGGAUGGACUGUCCCUAUUGGCUACCUGGUCAACACAUCCCAGAUCAGUGUAGGGGAGCAGUGCAACUUCCCCAGAGCGGUCGGACACUUCUUUGGUUACAGCUGCGUGCCGGGUGCCAAAGACCCCCAUCAUGACCCCAGAGGCAACAACCCGAAGAACCUGUGCGAGGCUUGCAUAGGAGACGAGAACGACAGACACAUCUGCGCUGAGAGCCACAGAGAGAGACACUACGGAGAGGCGGGGGCGCUGAGAUGUGUGGCUGAAAAUCUCGGGGAUGUGGCCUUUGUCAAACACACAACAGUCUUUGACAAUUUGGACGGUAAGAACCAGGAGUCAUGGGCUCUGGACCUGGAGCUGGAGGACCUGAAGCUGCUGUGCCCAGAUGGGACCGAGGCAGGCCUGGAUGAGCAUGAACAUUGCCACCUGGCAGCCGUCCCCGCUAACGCUGUGGUGGUGCGUGUGGAGGACAAGUGCCGCGUCUGGAAGUUCCUGGAACGUUUACAGAACGCGUUUGGCAACGCCACCAAGGGCUUCCGCCUGUUCAGCUCAGCGGGCUAUGGCGAAUCUGAUCUGCUUUUCAGUGAUGCCACCCACCACCUGCAGAGGGUUCUGGGUAGCUACUCCUCUUGGCUGGGCCCCACUUACACCACCAUGCUGCAAGCCUUCGAGUGUGAGGGCUUCUGCUGAUGGAACAGGAGGAAGACAUCCAGUUCAUCAUCCCUCUGUCUCCAUCCUCCCGUUCUGCCUUCCCUCCCUGCCAUCUGCGUCUCUGUCUCGCCAUCCCUCCUACUUUUGCUCAGCUUUUUUGUGUUUUGUUUUCUGCCUGUGUUUUGCCACCCAUUCUCCAUUUCUACAUCCUCGUCCCCCUAUAACCUGCUACGUCUUCUUAUAUGCAGGCCGGCAGGGUAGGACAUCGUUCUGAGGGACUAAUCGGCUAAGAAACAAAUGUCCACUGAACAUGAUUAAAAGGACACUGGGGAGAAAGGGCGGGAAAAAGAAUAGGAUAAUAUCUGAAAACAAUAGAAAAGAACACAACAGGUUAAUGAGUUGUUGUAGUUUAUAUAAUAGGCCUAUUGACAGGCUUUUUUUCUGUGUACAACAUUUUUAACAAGAGGAUUUUUGAUAAUGUUUCUGGUGGGAUUACACCACGAGGAAGAAAAGUGUCUCCCCCAAAAACUGUUGUAUAUUUACACACACACACACACACACACACACACACACACACACACACACACAUCCAGUUAAUAGUUCCUACCCUGUACGUUUGUUGGGAGAUUCUGUUCUUCUCAGCUUGAUGCAUCAGUACCAGCCUCCCCCCACCCUCCCCUCCUCCCACAGGGUCCGUCUCUGACACUGAACAACAGGGUGCUAUUAAGUAUGAGCUUCAGACUCAGUAACUCAGUAACUGUGUGUGUUUCACUGAUCAUCAGCCACUGGCAUAUUAAACUGUUGUGUGUGAGAGAAAAAUGUGUGUAUAUUUGUGUUUUAUGUUCGUAAAUGUGUGUGUGUGUGUGUGUUGACACGACUGCUGCUUUCCCAUGGACUUGUAUAGCUUUCAACUUUGGAUCACUGCUUUCUCACCGGUCUGGUACGAUGGACUGGACCGUGCCAUGCUGUGCCAGCUCACAGUGUACCGUUACACUAUACAGUGAGGAGAGAGGGGGAUUAGAGCUCGGGUUGCCUCCAGUGACCUCGGAGUGAGACUUAAUCGUUUUCUCACCUUUGAUAACAUUCAAAGUCACAAAAUAUGAUCUCCCCAAAACCCUCUGACUCUCCUGCUUCUGUUUUUAUCUACAUAGCAACACAUACAGGAAUAUAUGUCAUAUACCCUAUGUGGUUUAUACUCUACAUAGCGAGAUGCUAAUAUGAUAGCUGGUAAAAGUUUGCUAACAGAAGGGAGUUUGAGUCUGAGCUGUGCAUCUUAUCAAAUAGUUGUGCAUCUUCCGGUUGCUAUUAAUAAAGCAUCACCUUCUUGUUUAAAAAGGCUUACUUGAAGAAUCCUGUACUGUAAAACUCCAUAACUAUACUUCAACUCUUCACAUUCUGCACCACGGGGAAAAUAAACCGGUUAAUCUGGUUUAAAUUAAACUAUAGUCAAACUGUGGCUUUUGACCGUCAUCACACCGGAAGACGUCCAACCAGUUAGACAACAGCAUUUAUUUCAAAAACAAUAUUUUUUUAACUAAAUCUGCUGUCUUAAAAUGUUGUCACCUUUAAUAUCCUGACCACACCUGUUACCUCUCAGAUCCUUUUCAUGACAGAGGCUAUAUUAGUGAAGGGUAACAGCAUGUACUAUUUCCCCUCUGGUUUCUACCAUUGGUGCUGUUUGUUUCCACAUCUUAUGAUAUAUAUAAUAUAAUACUCCUCGCUGCCUGAAAUGUGUAGAGCUGCAAUCCCUCU